GACUGCAGGCUCAAAUUCAGUUGAGCUCAUACCAGUAUUUUGGUUUAUUCUGAGCAUAAACAAUUCCAACUGUUUCCUCUUUGUUGUGCUUGCUAAUGCAAGACAAGGAGAUGGCUUACAGGCAAAUGUCUGCCUUCUAUAUCUGCUCUGUGUAUUAUGUAGAACUGUGAUAAUCUUCAGAGAGGGAACCAUGUUUUACGUUCCGUCUUCGGGUUCUACCCCUAAAAGUACGGAGAACUCGAGCGAUAAUGGAGAUGGUCAUGGUCUUGCACAUCUAUCGCCCAUAUCCACGGGUCUCAUCGCUUUUCAGAAGAAGAAAGGAGUUGGCGCUGCUUUGCUAACGAUAACGGUUGUUGAGGGUCGUAAUCUACCGGUGAUGGAUCCUAACGGGAAAUCAGACCCCUACUGCAUAGUGGCCGUUGGCGACCAAGAGCAGAGAACAGCUGUCCAGUAUAAUACCAUCAACCCUGAGUGGCGGGAGACACUACAGUUUGAGGUCGCCGGUGUCCCGCAGCUGAUGCAGAUAGAUGGGGAUGAGACAUCUGCCAAUUGGUGUAUGGUCCACUACAUCCAGAUAGAGGUGUGGGACCGAGACACACUGAACAGGGAUGACUUCAUGGGAAGACUUAUGAUUCCAGUCUCAGCAUUAUCAGAACGGCAGAGAAAUGGCUGGUAUCCCCUUGGUAGGGCCACACCCAAGGAUGGCGUGACUGGAGAAAUGUAUCUUGAAAUAGCCCUGAUUGCCAAACAGCCUGUGCCUCGAUGGAACGUUGAUUAUGAGCUUCAUGCAUUGUGCAAGAAAAGGCCUGGCUUUGAGCUUGCAUUUGAGUCAGGAGCUUCAAUAUUGGACUUUCCUGGAGAUGCAGAGCAUGUAGAAAUGGUGCUGGACGACGUUGUAGUGGAAAUAAGCAAGCACCGAGGCAUAGGCAGGGUCUAUUUGACAGACUUCAGGCUUGUCAUCUUGUGUAACUCAUCAGGAAACCAUGCCAUUGGACAUUGUGAUAUGUCCAUGUGGAUUGCUCUUAACAAUAUUCAAUCAGUUGAAAAAGGAGAAGAUGAAAAGGUUGUGCGGCGUGAUGUUGGCGGUAGUGCUGCUUUUGCAGAGGUCAAGACCCUAACCAUUCGUUGCUGGGAUUUCCGCACCAUAUUCUUGACAUUCAUGAGCAGCAACCAGCCGAUGCAGAGCCUUUUUGUCCAGUUACCAGAACCAGCAAGCAGCCAGUCCAGUCCAGAUUCAGUACCAGAGUCAGCACAUGUUCUGCAAGAACAGCAAAGGGGAGAGACUAGGGAAUCCAGACAGACCUUGGACAGCAUAUGCCCAGUGGAUGACAUAAGGUCAGGUGCUGACACAGAAGAUCUGACUCGUAGUAGUAGCCACAGCAGCUUUAGAGUUCUGUCACACAGUAGUAGCAGCGGUAGUGCUGACGGCAUCAUGUCACAUCCAGAAGGGCUUCUUGGUGUCCCCCAGAGGCCUACACUAGGUCCAGAUAUUACUAAUGUGCUAUCUCUAGCUGGCAUGGUCGCCGAGUCUUCUAUCAUGACCGAGUCUGGAGUUUCCAAGCUUAGAAAUGACAACUUCAUUGCAAACUUCUUGCCGUUCUAUGUUAUUGUGCUGUGGCAGAGGCUGGAGUACAUCAUCCUCAACUCAGUUGAUAACCCUCCCUCCAAGGCAUUCGUAACGUCAGAUCUCCAACUGAAUGGCUGGGACGUGUACAACUGCGAAGAUGAGUUCACACGACAAAAGGUGUCGUCAAAAUGGCGGCUAAGCAGAGCAAACCUGGAUUUCACCGUCUGCAGGUCGUAUCCGAAGUUCAACUACAUUCCAGCUGAGAUAGAGGACGAGACGUUGAGGUCGUGUUCUCAUUUCCGAUGUAAGGGCCGAUUUCCUGCGCUUUCGUGGUACAAUGCCAAGAAAGAAAACUUCAUCAUGCGGUGUGCGCAGCCAAAGACAGGGGCAAGGGGCAAGAUUUCUACUGAAGACGAGGAGGUGGUUAGCAGGGCCCGACUAAGUAACACCACCUCUGAACGACUGGUCAUCUUUGACGCCAGGUCCAUGAUGGCAGCCGGAGGCAACAUGUUGAUGGGUAAAGGCACCGAAGACACGCUAAACCGGUACCAGGGCUGUAGUCUGGUGUUUCUGGACAUCCCGAAUAUCCACGCAGUGCGAGACAGCCUGGAUAGGCUGCAGGCCGUGUGUGAGUCCUCGUCACAGAAGAAGUGGCUUUCACACCUAGAGUCCACACAGUGGCUAGCUUAUAUUGCAGCUAUUCUCAAGGGUGCUACGACCAUUGCCCGGUUUGUGGACAAGGGCGUGUCAACACUGGUGCACUGCAGCGAUGGGUGGGACCGCACCUCCCAAUUGACGUCAUUAGCACAGUUACUACUAGACCCCUACUACCGGACCUUCACUGGAUUCCAGGUGUUGAUCGAGAAGGAGUGGAUCUCGUUUGGUCAUCGGUUCCGCGACCGUCUAGGCCACCCGACAUGCCCUAGUCAGCGCUCACCCAUCUUCCUCCAGUUUCUGGAUUGUGUGUGGCAGGUCCAUAAACAGUUCCCUUCUGCAUUCCAAUUUACUGCGAACUACUUGCUCAAGCUAGCAGACCAUGUCAACUCUCAGUGGUUUGGCAAUUUCUUGUACAACAACGUACAGGAGAGACACCAUGCAUUUAUCACCCGCACUACGGUCUCUCUGUGGUCUCAUCUAAAUGCUGUCAAAGACAACUAUACCAACAGCAUCUACCAGCCGACCGAGAUGCUAGUGCCAGUCUCAAGUCUGCGCCGAUUGCAGCUCUGGUCUGACUAUUUCCUGCGGUAUGACGAGACGGCCUGGACCCCAAUCGACCCUGGUGACGACAUGGAUGACGUCACUACUUCACCGUCGGGAGUGGUGCCCAAGCCUCUGGCGGACACGGUCGUGUGGGUCCCGGAUGAGUAUUUGGUCACGUGUUAUCUGUAUUGCAGGGAGUGGUGCCCAAGCCUCCGACUGACACGGUCGUGUGGGUCCCGGAUGAGCGUGUUAAGGAGUGCCACGACUGCAAGCAGAGAUUUACGCGAUUCAAGAGAAAGCAUCACUGCCGGGCGUGCGGUCAAGUGUUCUGUGGCGACUGCUCCAAGCAGAGGGUUCCCCUCCCGCAGUUCGGCUACACGAGCGCCGAGCGCGUGUGCGAGACGUGCUACCAGCUCAACCGAGUGCGCAUGGCGGAGGAGGAGGAAGAAGACGAAUUCGAGGUGAUCAACUUGCCAUUUUGACACCUCGCUUAACAACUCUUCCCGGGUAACUUCCGACUACAAUUUGCCUUGUCUCACGAGUGUUUUGACGGACGCGCGAGUACUUGACGCGCGAGACUGUUCUUUUUCAAGGGUUUUGUCGAGAUCAACAAUUUGGGAGAUAUUCCUGAGAGAAGCGCGCGACUCGGCAACGAUGAUGCUGAUGAGAAUGAUGCGGAUGAUGGUGAUGAGAAUGAUGCCGAGUCUAGCAGCGAUGAACACUUUUAUCCUCACGCGGCACUUCUGUUUGCUGGUUGCUUGUCGUGAAUUCACCCGGCUAAGACCGAACGUUGAAAUGAGAUGGUGAUGACGAUGAAAAUGCUGUGGCGGAUGAUGCAGAGUCUAGCAGUGAUGAACACUUGUUCGCGGCGCUUCUACUGUCCGAUGUUUCUCGUGAAUCUAGCAGAAUGUUAUGAUAGUGAUUCGAAUCAGCCGAAUCUAGCGAGUGAUGACCAUGUUUAUCUUGAAUACGGCCGAUUGGAGUCUGGUCUGAUAGUGAAAUGGAAUCAAAUGCUGGUGAUGAUGAGAAGGGUGCGGAUGAUGCAGCGUUAAGCUGUGAUGAACGCGGCUUUCCUUUUUACCAAGUUUACUGUGAAUUGAAGCCGACAACAGUGACUCAUUGCAGUGGAAUACUACGCGAAAGACGACACAAAAUGGCUGAUUUGAGGUCAGCAUACUAGAAGACUGUAUCGAUGAGUCUAUUUUGUAUACUUCUGGUGUAUAUGAUUAUAUUUUUUUUCUCUAAUGAAUCAAUUUGAAUCGUCGAAAUGAAUAAAAUCUUUAACAGGA